AUGGUGUCUCACGACGAUGAUCCCGCCAAGGAAACUAUGGCCCUUGGGAUGACGGAGUCUGAUAAAGACGCCGUCUUGGACAUUCUUUGGUCCGGGUUCAGUGCUGUCAACGUUGAUCCGGCCAAUGGCACUGGAGAACUUGGGACAAUGGAGUCUGCUAAAGACGCCUACGUGGCCGCCCUUUGGCCCCAGUUGAGUUUGGUCAAUUUGAGUAUCGAGAGAUUGAAGAGGAAAUAUGACGCCCUGGAUUGGAAGGUAUUUGAUGGAGGGCCAGGGGCCGCCCAGGCCGCGGCUGACUGUGCCGAAAUAAACCAGGCCAAAAUAUGGAUGGAGAGUAUCAGGGAUUCCAUUCGAACCUGCAUCAACGCCUGUGUGCGAUAUAGGCUCAGGCCUUUGAGCAUACUGGACCUGCCGGACGAGUUGUUGAUGGACAUAUUCGACUAUGUGAAAGGCCGGGAUGACCACGAACUCUACUUGUUCAACUGGAAAAGCAAUGUCGACCAGAUAAAAUCGCUGCGUCUCGCGUGUCGCAGGUUUCGCGCCACGAGCUCCCAUCUUCUUCUGCGGUGGCUUCAUGUCAGCAUGACGCGAGAUUCGAUUGCACAUCUGAACGAGGUGGCAAGCCAUCCGACAAUCAGCAAGGGCAUACGUGCUAUCCAAGUUAGCCUCCAAUUCUACGAUUCGGUCCUAGCCUGUGAUACAAACGCCUUUGCAGCAUACCAAGCAUCUAGGCUGAGGAACAGUAUUCGAUCAUGGGAGUCAAUGAUCGGGUUUAGUUACUCCGGUGUUGAUGAUGCCAUGAAUGUGGCUGCCAUUGCGAAAGCGUUGUCAAUUGCGGCGUCUUGGGAAGACGCGGCCAUCAACGGGAUCUGCGCGGACUGCGCUGAUCAUGUCUUACUACGAAGAGCUCAAGCGCGAUACAAGCAGUGCUACGAGGAUCAGAAGCAUCUGCGACGCACAUUUACCCGAUCCAUUGCCAGCGCGAUGGCACGCAUGCCUACAGCGACUUGGUUGGAUAUCCAUGACCAAAACCCACAUCAGACAACAGCUCAGACUCGCGAAGCGAGCAUACUUGCCCAGGAUAUGGAUCAGCCCAGUUCACUGUUGGGGAAACUCCUCGCUCCAAUACGGUAUUGGGAGGAGGCGAGAGAACAUGGGCUGGGAGAGCCACCUGCCGAGGUCAUUCCAAACUUGCUAGUGGCCAUCCACGACGAACGAGUACGUCUGACUGGACUUAAGCUGUGGGCACCACCAUCGGAAGACCCUUCACUACUUCUACCUAGUGACGAUGAGUUUCCGAAGUUGAAGGGCGCUGUGAAGUAUCUGAAAGUUCUCGACUUUCACCCGCGGCGCGUCGUUACGGAUGAUGGUUUCUGGGGUUCUAGGUAUCCCGACGAAGUCAAGCCACUUUCUAGCUUUCUCUCAACUCUUCUUGACUCGAAGGCAAUCCAAAGAAUUAGUCUGGAUUUCGGCUUUCUAUGCGAGCAACAACAGGUUCCUUCAGUCAGCAUGGGCCACGUUGUCUUGUCACACGUGUGGUCAAAGUUGGAGGAUUUGGAGUUCACUGGACCUUUUCAUUUCAAAGAGCUGCAAAAUGUGGUCAAUCGUGCUGAGAAGAAACUCAGCCUGAGAUGGAGCGGAUACUUGGUCAGUGGAUCGUGGGCUGAAGUUCUCGAUUUCCUGAAAGGGAGAGUUUCUUUCCAUUCUUCAAUUGGAACCGUCAACUCUAACCCGUCUGGGGCAGAGUACGAGGAAAUGGAGGAGAAGGAGAGGAAGUUCAUCUUCCAUGAGCGCUACCGUCCUCCCUACCGCGAAAGCCAAGCAACACUGUACAUUAGGGGAAUACGAUGGCCAAACAAGCGCAAUCCCGUCGUUGAAUGGGAACGCGGGGAGCUGGACUUAUCGGAGGAGCUGGACCUACUGGAGGAGCUGGACGUACCGCAGAGGACUAGGUAUGAUGGUAAUGACGGAACUAGGUUUUAA